CACACCCUGAAAUAAGAACAAUGACAAAACCACAAUGACAUAUUAACAAUUUGAACAUAAGCAGUCUGCUACAAUUGCAGUAUAUCACAGAUUAUUGCUUUUAAACACAGCCAGGUUGUACAAUUAGUACUGUUUUAAGAUUAAAUAAUCUACUUCUGCUUGUAAACAUCAGAGAUUAAAAUAAUAAUACUCAGAUACGACAUUAACUCCAGAAGCUGAUACCAGAUAACGACGAUGAGCACACCUGGCAGUAUGACAUUUAUAAUGUUCCUCACUAGCACUGCCAUAGACUUUCCCAAGGGGUUUUAAUUGAGGAUUUUACUUGUAUUAGCUGUCACUUAGGAAACAAAACUGAAAAACAUACUGCCCUAGUAGAGCCAAGUGAAUAGCCUCCCUCCUGUGCAGUGCAGGGCCCUAACAUUUGUAGUUGUUGUUUUUUUAAUGGAGAAACAAGUUAAACAAAGCCUUUAUACAGGGCUUUGUGAAAUAGUCUGAGAUGAAUUAUGCACUGGGCUUUGAUAUAAUCCCACAGGGCCUUUUCUCUUUUCAUUAGAGCUCUAUUUUUUCCAAACAUGUAUUCUUUUAUUAGCGAGAAUGACUCCACAAAUUCCUUUAAUUCAGAUCAGUACAAGAUUAAAAAACUCACUGUAUGUGAUUUAUCUGAGGCCGUUUGUUGACUUGGUUUACCUCAUGUGCUGAUUUGGCACUUUGAUCUCUUUCACAUGUAACAUGUCUAUGUCCAUCACCAAACUGAUGGGACUGGACAGGAAAAGUUUUCACAAAUGCAAUCUGACAUUAACGAAUGAAUAUAUUGUAAGUGCAAGCACAAUCCAUUUUUUUCAGUCAGAAAGUCAUUGUCAGGCGCAAACACAGACAUUCACAAACACACGUGUAAAACGGCCCCUUUUCCUAAAUGAUGAUAAAUAACAAAUUCAUAAUUAAUUAAAUGACGUUGUAGGCUACUUCAUUGCCUAGAUCUAUAUCUCUGUCUCUGAUAACAGGAGAGGCAUUUAGUUUAAACUCUGCCGCCUCUACUGUAGCUCGGCUGCAUUUAUUAGAGCACCGCACAUAAUACAGUUUACACUUGCAGCGCGCCAUGAUCUCGCCAUUUCGUUGGAUAAACGGGUUAUAACAACGGCGAGACACGGAACUCAUCCAUAUUAGAAGAGUCUCUCAUGAUCUCAGAACCGCCAGGGACACUCCUCUUGUUCCCGGCUCCAACUGCUCCGCUCCUGUAUCCAGUCGAUGCACGGGGAGGACAUUCAUAGACCCAUCUUUAUCGGCAUCAGCAUCAGCAUCGCCCCGAAGACAAAGAGAACACUGCAAAUGAAGAUGCGCUCUAAUAGCAGUAGGAGCCAGUCUUAAAGUCACUAAUACUGUAGGCGUUCCCGCCUGGAGGCAGACAGGCACCGGUCCUUGGAGACUCUUCGGGGAUGCGCAAAGAUGUGAGAGUAAAGAGUGAGAGGCAUUGUGAUUGGCCAUACUCUUUCUAAAAGCACCAGAUACGGCGAGUCAUGUUUGUUCUAGACAGAGCACUAGGUGAGGUGGCAUCAAACUUGAAGGAUAUGUGUUUUCAGUCUACACAGUCGAUGCGUUCACAACAUCAGUCAUAAACUUACAUUAUUUCCCUAAAGACGUGGACGCGCUUUUUGUGGUGCUGAAACAGAAAGACUUGGCUGAUCAACUAGUGAAGAAAAGGAAGGCACUCUCACUUACCCACCUGAUUCUGGGCUUCAUGGUAUUUGGGAGACUCAUUAAGAACUUAUAACAUUAGUGUCUGACUGUACCACAUGAUGAAGUGGAAAAUGGUGGUGGACUCCCUGUGUGGACGGAGAAGGCGGCUGCCCUGUUUCCUUUGGUUCCUCUUGCUGUUCGCUGCUGGAGGUAUAGUUCUCCUCAUCAGCCAGCAGGAUCUGAUGGAGAUGGUCCAGCAUCAAGGUCCAGGUGUGAAGCUCAGGAGCAAUCUGCGGCAGUCCACAGAGGACAGAGAGAGAAACAAAGCUGACAACUUUGUGGAUCACCAAGCAGGAGAAGGCAUCUUGUCCAGCCCAAUACCGCCAAUGCAGUUCCCACAUUUUGAAAAGAGCAGACAGACAGAUACCCCUGAGUCUCGAGAGCAGGACAUAGGCUCCCUUCAUCUCUCAAAAAGACACCGCAAACUGUUGAAAACAAGUCACACCAAAAAUAAUGUUUCAUCCUCUUCUGCCUCCUCUACUUCAAGCUCUUUUACCCCUGACAGAUUGAAAAAAUUUUCUGACAUCCAGGCAGAACGGCGGAAACUGAUGAAGGAGAUGUGUGGUAAGUACGCAAGCAGUACUUACAAGACCAUCACACCUCAUUAUGUGAGAAACCUCUUUGUGGAGGAUAAGUACAAGUUGCUGUACUGCCAAGUACCCAAGGCAGGCUGUUCCAACUGGAAGAGGACCCUGAUGGUGCUGGCAGGACAGGCCCCAAAUACUCACAGCAUUAAUCAUGAGACAGUCCACUAUGGUCAACAUCUCAAGACACUUAACAGCUUUGAUCGACAGGAAAUCAUGCACCGUCUGGAAACCUACACUAAAGUCAUAUUUGUCCGAGAACCCUUGGAGAGACUGGUGUCAGCCUUCAGGGACAAGUUUGAAAAUCCAAACAGCUACUACCACUCGCUGUUUGGGAAACCCAUCAUCUCCAAGUACAGGGUGAAUCCAUCCAAGGCAGCCCUGAAUACAGGCAACGGGGUCAUAUUCAAGGAGUUUGUCCAGUACCUACUGGAUGUCCGCCGGCCCGUUGGGAUGGACAUCCACUGGGAGCAGGUGAAUCAGCUCUGCCACCCUUGUCUAAUACACUACGACUUCAUCGGCAAGUUUGAGAACAUGGAGGAAGAAUCAAACUUUCUCCUGCGAUGGAUUGGGGCACCAUCCAACCUCACGCUGCCUACUUUUAAAGACAGGAACCCAGCUGACAGGAGGACCUCUACGCAGGUCACACAGAAAUACUUUUCACUGGUUAGCAUGUUGCAGAAGCAGCGAGUCUAUGACUUCUACUACAUGGACUAUCUGAUGUUUAACUAUUCCAAGCCUUUUAAAGAUUUAUAUUGACUGAGUCUUCUCAAGACUCUUGAAUCACAGUCACAUUCCACUGCGUCUACAUCUCUACCAUGAUAGCAGUCUUAACAUAAAGAGGUUCACUCACAUGCUUACAUGGCUCUUUGAUUCUAAGCAGAGAAAUCAGAGACCAAACUUCCUCUGCAUGUAACAAAAGCAAUUUUUUCUUAAUACAUUUCUACUACUCUAGAUUAUCUUCAUUUUUCAGACAGCUAUGAGAUGAAAAGAUUCAUGUGGUGCCAUAUUAAAUGCAUUAAAUUGUCCUGAAAUGCAAAGCAUUUAUUCAGUGCUAGCACAUGGUGAGGUGUUUUUUUUUUUUUAAUUAUACAUAAAUGUUACGCUUCUAAAGAAAACUUUAUUAUUGUUCAACAGGCUUUAAAUUAUGCCUUACUGUGUGAGUCAAAUAACAUUUGCAAAUGUGUUUUAUGGUUUAAUUCAACAUAGGCAACAUGUAGGUGGGGUUUAAUGUAGAUUUUAAUCACAUCUCCAAGUUAACAGAUGGUUUCAGUAUACAGUACAACAUGUUACGUAUGUGAACUCCUAACAACUCCUUUCAACAUUGAGGAAUAUUUAAUCUUUGGUUGACCUCAGGUACAACUCAAUCACCGUCAACCACCCUGCCAUUUACUGCAAAAGAUUUUUCUUUUUAAAUGAACUCCUGUUUUAUUUAAAAUAUUUGCAUUUACUAUUUGACUUACGGCAAGUUAGGCACAAGUAUACCUCUAUCUAUUAAUGCAUACUAAUACAGAUAUUACAUAUAAAUGGUUUUACUAAACAGAAACCAUAACAAAACAAAACACUAUAAAUAAUAUAAAUCUUUAAAAAGUGUCCAGUGCUGCCCACUUGGAAGCUGUGUGCACUUAUCGUAGCAUUUUUGUACUUCUAAAUUUGUGGUUUAGGUUUGUGCUUUAGUCUAACACAUACAGUACAGGUCCACACAUUUAGCUCCCCCAUUACUCCAGGUAUUUACUUGGAUUGUUAAACACAGGACAUCCAGGUACUUGCAGGGUACAAAAUGAUGAUUUGGACAUUCUGACCAGGAUGAGGCAAAAAGAGCAUGCCCUGACUUCUUCAUCUGUCACACUUGACUCGCCCUGGACAGCUGUCACCUACAGAUCUCUCACUGUCAGCAACUCCAUAUCCUCUGUAUGUAUCACAACUCUUCUACGUACAGUACACCACCAUAUAGGCUUUUUUCUGACAAUACUGUGUAAUAUUGUAUAAUGGGCAUUCAGAUGACUAUAUAUUUUUAAAUGUAUUUCUGAAAUAUAUAUAUUCAGUGCUUCUUGGUGAAGGUUUGUUUCUUUCCUUUUUGAUGUCAUGUUCUUUCAGUAAUACCAGUGUAGAGUAGUGUGUAACUAAAGAGUUUCUUUCCAAAAACAAAGUAUCCACCAUAUGAAAACCACAAAUCUCAACAACUGAAUAAAUUUGCAAUACUAUUUAAAGUGUAAAAGAUUAGUAUGUUUGAUUGAUGAUUAUUUACCACUCAGUGCUAUGGAGACAGCAAAAGAUACUUUUUGAGAUAAAAAUGGAUAUAAAACAUUUUGGAAAUUAACUCUUCAAUUACUUUCUGUUUGGUCUCUCAUAGGCAUAACAGACCCUGUACAGAUAAGCUGCAUUCCACCAAGUUACCCAUCCUGACAUUUUCACCCAUAGCGUCUCUACUGUGUGCGCGCGUGUGUGUGUGUGUGUGUGUGUGUGUGUGUGUGUUACUGAAUAAGCUGUUCAGAUGUUUUACAGUCUUUUUCCCCCACAUAUUUUGGAUGUAUAUAUACACACACUGCUAGCAGCGCAUUUUGCAGGUACAGUAUUCUGGUUAUAAUGUUACUGGACUGCAAUAUUCCCAACACACCACUCAGCUGGCACUAAGAUCAUAAAACAAUUUUUCUGAAGCAAAAUGUUCUAUAGUGGAAACUGCAGAGACCAGCCAUUCUUAGGUCCUAAACAGUCCAACCUAAACACUAAAAAACUAUAAUGAGAUUAUACAGGGUAAAAAAGAAGAAAGAAAGAAACGCAAUCAUUAAUCAAAUUAUUUGUGCUCUUUACAUCAUGAUUACAUGGACGGGAGAAUCCAGUCAAGGUUCCUCCAAAUGAAAGUUGAGUUUAAAUAUUUUUGGUUCACUGUGAUGAAACAUGCAAGUGCAAUGAAGACCUGACUAAAUAUGAUGACUAUGACAUCAGUGCAAAGAAAUGUGUGGACUAAAUAUCUUGAAUAAACAACAUACAAAGUAAGAAAACAAGUCCGGCUGCAAUCAGAGUGGGUUACAUUUUAUAUUCUGCUGGACAACAACCUAUUGCUAUUCUUCUAUAAUGCUGCAGCCACUAUUCUGCUUUAUGCUUCACAGCUCCCUGAAAAUGUGUUUUAUGUAGCAAAAGCUUACUUAACAAAAGGUGUACUGUAUUUGUCUAUGAGUAAAGAGAAAUUAAUAUUAUUUAAAUCUAUACACAGUAUAAUUGACUUUUGAAUUAUGGUGGUAACUGUUUGAACUUUUGUCAGUAUAGCGUGUUGGGUUUUGCAUUUUCAGAUUCUAAUCUUUGUUAAGGUUGUGGUCAGAUUCGGUGUCAGUAUAACCAAUGUCUGGCAAAAACAGCUAUUGCAUUAUGAUGAGUAUUACUCUUGCAAAUAUUCUGGCAGUCCCUGCCCUGCAGCUAAUCAAGUUUUUAUUUGGUGUGUGGGUGUAUGGACAGAAAUAUCAAAAGCAUAAUUACAAUAGCAAGUGAAUGUAUAACUGUUUAUUGUUGGUGCAAAAGUGUAUAAAACAUGAUCUUAAGCCCUUUGCCUUAUUUUACACUGCCAAUCAAAUGGUGUAUUUCAGGAAGACGUUCUUCAGGUAGUUAUUACUUCUGGCUGAUGAGUGUCUACUAAUAAAUUGUCUUUAGCAUUUUCAGUGUGUGUUCAUUAUUUUUCCUUGCAGUUG